AGGGGGCGCUCUGCAGACUGCAGAUGAUUUUUCAACCCGUGGAACAAACGCAAAGAAGAAGAGCAAACACUUCCGGGACAAGCCAAACACGCGGAAAUCCUCACAGGCCAGAGGGUGCAGUCAUGACGAGAUGGGCGAGAGCCAAUAACGUCCACAAGCACAAACCAUCAGAGGCCACUCCAUGGAGUCAGCUUAGAGCAAGGGGAAGAGGCCAGCCAGGCAGCUCUGGUGACCACCUAAGGGGGACUCAGCCUGGUGGAUUUGCUGUGAAAAAACCGAACCGCAAGAAGAAGGAUUACAACAAUGAAGAUGUGAACGGAUUCCUGGAGUAUCUUCAGCAGAAUGGACAGCCACUGCCCAAAACUGAUGAUGGAGGGAAGGAGCUGGGCCAGGAUUUCAGGGAAGAGGUAGGAAUCGCCUUGAAGAAAGACCGAAGAAGAGAGGACAGAAGGAUAAAGAGACAGACAGAUAAAAAGAGCAACAUGAUGUGUUUUAACUGCAGGAAGCCAGGUCACGGUUUGGCAGACUGUCCAGAGGCCGACAGAGACGAGGAGAUGGGCCGAGGCAUUUGCUAUCGCUGUGGCUCCACUGAACAUGAAAUCCACAAAUGUAAAGCUAAAGUGGACCCGGCUCUGGGCGAUUACCCGUAUGCAAAGUGCUUCAUCUGCGGUCAGACUGGACACUUGUCACGAUCCUGCCCAGAUAAUCCUAAAGGACUGUAUGCACAAGGAGGCUCCUGUCGUGUUUGUGGUUCAGUGGAACAUUUUCAGAAGGACUGUCCGGAGCACCAGGCUGCAACCAACUCUGUGACAGUGGGCUGGUUGUCCAACAACAUGAGCGCAGACCACGAGGAAGUACAUGUUCCAGUGAAGAAAACCAAACCCAAACAGACUAAGGUGGUGACAUUCUGAGCUGCUAAGAUGAUGUGCAGCUCAAUGGAGUUUCAUCCACGGAAUUCAUAUAUUUAUCUCUAACCAAACCCCUGUUCUGGAUUACAUUGAGUAUUUGCCUUCAAACACAGUGAAGUGGUUCACACACAUUCGGAUGUUUUUGUGUAUAACUGAGUCCUUUUCAAUAAAAUGUUACCUCCAUAUA